UCUGUUUGCAUAGAUAGGAGCUGCUUUGAUAUUACUAGGAAUAUUUUCCUACAUCUUGUGCUAUACAGUGGAGUGAAUUGUCCAGAUAUAAAAAUCUUGCAGGAAAUAAAUUUUGCCGAGGAACAAAUACAAUCAUCGGAUGCACUCAUGGAUUUGAACAUGGGGCUUUGGGAAGGUUGCUCCCUUUCAGAUAUAUAUACACCUGAAGUUCAGGGCCUGCUUGAAAAUCUUCAGCCCGACUUUUGUGCACCAUCUGGAGAAUCAAUUAGGCAAGUGGAAUUUAGGAUGGUUCAGUUCCUAAAUAGGACAGUCCUGGGGAUGCCUGAAAAGUUGGGAUCAGAUUUCUUGCUGCCCCAUCAAAAUGAGAGCCAUGGGUUUUCUCAUGACAGAGAUGGGCCUUCUCUACCACCACCUUCAAAUUGGGAUAUGCAGCAUAUGCUUCAUAGGCACCGACAGGGCCUCGCAAGGAAAAAGUCUGGUAAGAGCAGGCUACAAUUUGUGACUACUACUGGCAAUCACGAGGGUGAAGAUGAGAUCUCACUCGGGGAAGCCAGCCACCAACACACGAUCCAUGAUUUGAAUAUCAGGAACUCAUCCUCCCCAGUAUCUUCAUGUGUGGGUGUUUUCACGCAUUCAAUUCCUAUUAAGUGUCUACUCACAGGCAUCCUAGGGUGCAGCCCAGUAAUGAUGCGUAAGAUCUGCAUAGAAGAUUCUUCGGUGACAGUGUUACAGCAUUCAUGUAAAACAGGUUGGCAGAUUAAACGCUUGAAUGAUACUGCUCAUUUGAGACUUCUCUAGGUGGAGAAUUAUCAACUCCUCAAUUGGAGCUAUCGCUGGGAUAAUGAGCUGUUAAUUUAUUGAGAAGAAGCUGUUAUUUUUUCUGUUUAUGGAUGUAUUUAGGCUCAUGAUUUCACAUGUAUUGAUGCUGCUUCUGCAUCCUGUUGUAAUUUUGGUAUAUUUGCUUACAGAUUUGCCAACUUACAUCAAACAAAAAAAGAUUGGUUUGGAAGUUGGCUUUUGUAUUGGAUGAUUCUUUUGAUCUAUAGCAUUUACGAAUGUUUUUU